AUGUGCCUGCUGCUCUCUGGCAGCACCAGCGGACCAGCCAGCAUGAGCAGGAUCCACCCUUCCGAUCGCGGCGACGGCGCCCGCCGCGCGGCGCGGACGGCCGCGGCGGCGGAGCGGGAGCGGCAGCAGCCAGCUGUGUACACGGUGUGGAAGAGGUCCAGCAUGGGGUUCCAGGGCACCGACGGCUUCUCCGUCUACGACGCCGCCGGGAGGCUCGCCUUCCGCGUCGACAACUACGCCCGCCGCCCCAAGGCCUUCGCCGGCGAGCUGCUGCUCAUGGACGGCCGCGGCGCCCCUCUCCUCUCCCUCAGGCCGCAGAUCUUCAGCCUGCACGACCGAUGGAACUGCUACAGAGUUGCACCGGGAGAAGAAGGUUGCCCGGAGACGGACAAGAGCUCCUCCGCGCAGCAGCUCUUCUCCAUGCGGAAGUGCGCCGCUCUGCAGAGCACGGACGACGCAGAGGUCCACAUGUCAACGACCUCGGCGGCGACGACGUCAGGGCGCGGCUGCCGGGCUCCGCCGUCCCCUCCUUCCGGCUACCGCGUGGAGGGCUGCUUCUCCAGGAGGAGCUGCAAGAUCACCAGGAGCGACGGCCAGGAGGCGGCACGGAUACUGAGGAAGAAAGCCGGUGGACCUACGGCGGCGGCGGCGUCGUCGUCCAGGCCCGUCGCUCUCGGCGACGACGUGUUCAGCCUGGUCGUUCGGCCGGGCGUGGACGCCGCCACGGUCAUGGCUAUUGUCGUUGUCAUGGACCGGAUCUGCCGGAAGCCCUACGCACCAAUGGCGUGCUCUGCACAGUAA